GUGUGUGUGUGUGUGUGUGUGUCUGUAGUGUGUAUGUCUAAUAAUGCAGAGCGAGGAGCGCAGGAAGAAGAAAGCCAGUGUAAGCCCCAGAGGUGUGUCGGAGGAGUACAGCCUGCGAGAGCGACCCAAAGACGAAAACCCAACCAAGAUGAAGAAUAAAGUGUCCACUUCACAAGUGAGCGGUAAAAAGAAGCUGUUUUCCUGGGAUCAGUAUCUGGAGGAGAAGCAAGCUGAAGCCGCACCACUGACACUCUUCACUGAGUUUCAGGGAUUUCCCGAAACCAGGAAUGGCUUUAAGGUGGGCAUGAGGCUGGAGGGAGGAAUGAGACAUCAAAUGGAAGGACCUGUCGUCGUAACAGACAACGCGUCAAACAUGACCAUGGCAGCACAGCUGGCCGGCAUGUUGCGUGUAAAAUGCUUCGUGCAUGCCAUCAGUUUACCUGUGUGCGACCAGUUUUCACAGCAAAAUGUUCACAAUGCUGUCUGUCGCACUGUCAGUUACUAA